AUGGCACCACCAGCUUUGCGUCCAGAAAAUGCUAUCAGAAGGGCAGACGAAUUAGUGUCUGUCGGCGAGCCUAUGGCUGGUUUACAAUCUCUUUUUGAUCUAUUGUCAUCUAGAAGAUCCCGUUUCGCCGAUGCAGCAACCUUAGAGCCUAUUAUCUUCAAGUUUUUGGAGCUAGGUGUUGAACUUAGAAAGGGUAAGAUGAUCAAAGAAGGUUUGUACCAGUACAAGAAACACAUGCAACAUACUACAGAGGGUUUGCACUCUGUUGGUGCUGUUGCCCGUAAGUUCAUCGAUUUAAUUGAGAAGAAAAUGACCACCGUGCAAGCUCAAGCGGAUGCUAAGGAUCAAGCCAAUGAGGCUGAUGAUGAUUUGGAAGGUGGUGUUACCCCAGAGAAUCUUUUGGUUUCUGUCUACGAACAAGAACAAACUGUUGGUGGUUUCAACAACGACGAUGUUUCUGCUUGGUUGAGAUUCACCUGGGAGUCUUACCGUACUACAUUGGACUUCUUGAGAAAUAACUCUCAAUUGGAAAUCACUUAUGCUGGUGUCGUGAACAGAACUAUGCAGUUCUGUUACAAGUACAACCGUAAGAACGAAUUUAAACGUUUGGCAGAGAUGUUGCGUCAACAUUUGGAUGCUGCUAACUACCAACAGCAAAGAUAUGGUCACCACACUGUUGACUUGUCUGAUGCUGACACUUUACAACGUUACUCUGACCAACGUUUCCAACAAGUUAACGUUUCUGUUAAGCUAGAGUUAUGGCACGAAGCCUUCAGAUCCAUUGAAGAUGUCCAUCAUUUGAUGCGUAUUGCCAAGCGUCCACCUAAACCAUCUGUCUUGGCAAAUUACUAUGAAAACUUGGCCAAGAUCUUUUUCGUUUCAGGUAACUACUUGUUGCAUGCUGCUGCAUGGGAGAAAUUCUACAACUUGUAUCUAAAAAAUCCAAAUGCUACAGACGAAGACUUCAAGUUCUACGCUUCUCAGUUUUUGUUAUCAGCUUUAGCCAUUCAAUUAGAUGAUUUACCAAUUGCAGGUUUCGAUCCUCAAAUUCGUUUGUGUGACUUGCUCGAUUUGGAAAGCAAACCAAAGAGAAAGGACUUGAUUGCAGCAGCUACUGACUCUAAGAUUUUGGAAAAGGCUGACCCUGAAAUCUUGAAGUUCUUUGACAUCUUGGAAACUAACUUCAACGUGAGAACUGUAAAAGAUCAGUUGUCUGAGUUAUUGCCAAAGUUGCAAGACAAGCCAUACUUCGCCCAAUACGUUACUCCAUUGAGAAACUUGUUCAUCAGAAGAUCCAUUAUCGAAGUUGCUAAGGAACAGACUUCCAUCCACUUGGUCGAAUUGCACGAAUUGCUCUCUCUCCCAGCUCCAUUCGAACUUUCUGUUUUCGAGCUAGAAAAGUACUUGAUCCAAGCUGCUAUGGAUGAUUACGUCAGUAUCACCAUCGAUCACGAAACUGAUACAGUCACUUUUGCUCAAGAUCCAUUUGAUGCUUGGCAAGCAUCUCUUGUCGAGACUGCAUCCGAUGAGACUAAAGAAAAUGAUUCUGAAGAAGAAACCCAAGAAGGUUCUGAAGAAUCAUCGGAAGAAGAACAAGUCGAACAAGUAUUCACUCGUAAUUCAGAGGUUCGUUCGAAGUUGACUGAUUUGUCCAAGAUUUUGAAGGCAAACGAGGAAUACGAAAAGGGUUCUUACUACCUAAGAGUUAAACUAGUUCGUGAAGAAUUGGUCAGACAAAAGGAGGAAGUUAUCAAGCGUGAAAAGGAAGCUGCUGAAAUUAGAGCCAAGAACAAUGCUGAACGUAAGAAGAGAAACGAAGAAGAAAAGAAGCUUGCUGCUAAGAGAGCCAUGGAAGAAAGACACAGACGUAUGAUCGAAGAAAAGGCUGCCGUUGAAUCAUCAAUGGAGAAGGAAGCUGAACGUCGUGCCCAAGAAAUGAUGGAACGUGAGAGAGAAGCUAUUCAUGAACAAGAAAUGAAGAAGCUUAUCGAGGAAACCAAUGCUAACGGCGUCAUUUACAUCGAUCCUAAGGAAGCUAAGAAUAUGACUAGUGAAAAGAUCAAUCAAAUGGUUAUCGAACAAGUUGCCAAAAACAAGAAGGACAUGACUGAACGUAUGACCUUUGCAUUCAAGAGAUUAGACCAUUUGGAAAGAGCUUACAGACAAAUGGAGUUGCCUCUAUUGGAAAAGGAUGCUCAACAACAAAAGGACAGAGAUAUGGAAAAUUACGAGGCUUUCAAGAAGAAGUUAAUCGAAUCUGCUAAGGCUGACUUUGAAAAGAAGCUGGAGUUACACAACCGUUUGAACAAGAUCUAUGGAUCUUUCAAGGAAUACAGAACCGCUGUAUCAAAGGCCAAGAAGGAACAAAUCGAGCAAGAGAAGGAGUUGAAGAAAUCCCAAUUGGAAGAAGCAAAGAAACAAAGAAUCGAGCAAGUUCGUAAAGAGCGUUAUGAAGCUAAGGUUGCAGAAAUUAAAGCUGCUAUUGAAGCCGAAGAGCAAAGAAAAGAAGCCCUUGCUAAGGAAGCCGAACUGGAAAAAAGACGUGCUGAGCGUGACAGAAUUAACAGAGAAAGAGACGAAAUUGCUCGCAAGCAAAGAGAAAUCGAAGAGCUUCUCGAAAAGAAGAAUAGCGCAUCAAGAGCUAGCGCAUCUCCAAUCCCAGCUAGGGCAAGUCCAUCUCCUGCUGCUUCAACCUCUACUCCACCACCAUCCAACAAGCCAAUGUCUAUGGCCGAGAAGUUGAGAUUGAAGAGAAUGCAGAAGGAAGCUGGUAGAGGUUAG